AUGAGCCGCUAUGGUGGCGGGAAUAUAAGCAACGCCAGCGGGGGCAACAGAUCUCAGAUCGCCGAACUAUUCGUCAAGAAAAUUCUCGCCCAUCUCGACGACACAGACCCGCAGAAACUGAACCAGUUCCUAAAUCUUUUCAACUCAAACAACUGCAAAGUCGUAUUCAAUGCAACGCCUUUUGCACAAUUGCCGCUAUUCCUCCAGAUGUGGCAAAACCAGAUAGUGCAGACACAACACGCCCUCACAGCGGUUGACUACCACGUGAUUCCAGGUUCCCAAACAGUGAUCUUCAACGUUAACUGUAAAGUACGUUUCGAUGAGAGUGGCAAGGACAAGAUGGGACAGGAUGCAACUGUAUCACCCGGAGAACAGAAACUGCAACACCAAAAACACAGGCCUGCAAACAGACCGCUCUGGGGAACCUACUUCGGAGUGUCGCUGCAGCUAGUCGUCGAAGAGAGACUAUUCAGCAACGAUAUGAACGGAGUUAUCCUAGCGUUCAACUACAACAUGAUCUACAAACCAGACGACUCGCUGAUAACCGUCAAUUGA